AUGAUUUGAAUUAGCGAGCUUGAGGGACAGCUUGAACUGAGCCUGCUAUGUCUUGCUCGCCCACCAGUGGACCACAUCGAUGUUAUAGUCAAGACCGAAAAAAACAGUACUAGCAAUAAAAGGGAAUACUUUAUUUUUAUUUUUUUUGUACUCAUUGCCUUUUUGUUAAACACAUUUUUCCCCGUUCGCUGUGCCCAGAAGAGGAGCGACGAGCAACAGACGAUUCUGUUGCAACCAUUUCUGACCACGUGAGCAUUUUCCGCAAACAUCCGUCUCUUAGAUGUGACAGCGAGGUUUAUCAGGAGAAGCCACCAUGUCUUAAGCGCAGAAGGGCCUUCUGGAGCCCUACCCCCUCCCCACCCUGGACCUUCCCCCGUCCAUCACCUUACUCCUUCUCCCAGCCCCACUUUACUCCCUGAUCUUCCUGCACAUGUGAGGGACAGGCUACCCUGCCCUGGCUCCCCAGUGGCUAAUCCCUCCCCUCCUCCUGGAGAGAUGAGCCUACAUAAGCACCAUCAUUUUGGCAAUGGCAGUAGUGGGGUAACGGGCUCAGACCGGGAUCUGCAGUCCACAACCUCCACCAUCUCCCUGUCCUCUGUGAAGAAGGCUCCCAAGAAAAGACGUCUAUCCCUGGCUUCCCUUUUUAGAUGGCGGGGAAGGGAAGCCAAAUCGAUACGCCGAAAGUCUCGAGAGCUGCACAAUCCCGGACCUGGAGGGCUUACAGGGGUGGAUGGUAUAGCUAACAUCGAGAGCAUCCACUCCGAGAUGUGUUAUAAUAAGACCUCUGCCGUCUCCACUGUGGCUGGAGCUGCCUCUGCUGUUGAUGCCUCCACCUCAUCUGCCUCUGGAACCUGUUUGUCUGCCUGCACCACAGCCUCCUCCAAGCAGGGGGUUGAAGUGGAGAAGGACUUCCUGGAAUGCCCCCUGUGCCUUCUACACCACUCUAAGGAGAGUUUUCCCGACAUCAUGACCUGUCACCACCGCUCCUGCGUUGAUUGCCUACGCCAGUACCUGCGUAUUGAAAUCUCAGAGUCACGUGUCAACAUCAGUUGCCCUGAGUGUUCGGAGCGCUUCAACCCACAUGACAUCCGCAUGAUUCUUAGUGACCGUGGACUCAUGGAGAAAUACGAGGAGUUCGUCCUCAGGAGAUGGUUGGUGGCUGACCCUGACUGCCGUUGGUGUCCGGCACCUGACUGCGGGUAUGCAGUCAUUGCCUUUGGUUGUGCUAGCUGUCCCAAGAUCGCAUGCGGGAGGGAGGGUUGUGGUACAGAGUUCUGUUAUCACUGUAAGCAGCUAUGGCACCCCAACCAGACAUGCGAUGCUGCAAGACAACAGAGAGCCCAAAGCCUUCGUCUGAGGACAAUUCGCUCGUCAUCUCUCAGCUACAGCCAAGAGAGUGGAGCUGCAGCUGAUGACAUCAAGCCAUGCCCACGCUGUGCUGCGUACAUCAUCAAAAUGAACGAUGGCAGCUGUAACCACAUGACCUGCGCCGUCUGCGGCUGUGAGUUCUGCUGGCUGUGUAUGAAGGAGAUCUCCGACUUGCAUUACCUGAGUCCAUCAGGCUGUACAUUUUGGGGGAAGAAGCCAUGGAGCAGGAAGAAGAAGAUUCUUUGGCAAUUAGGAACACUUGUUGGUGCCCCUGUUGGCAUUGCUCUGAUUGCUGGCAUAGCUAUCCCCGCCAUGGUUAUCGGCAUCCCUGUAUAUAUUGGAAGGAAGAUUCACAAUCGCUAUGAAGGUAAAGAUAUUUCCAAACACAAGAGGAACCUGGUGAUUGCAGGUGGCGUCACUCUGUCUGUCAUUGUGUCUCCAGUGGUUGCAGCAGUCACUGUCGGAAUUGGUGUCCCAAUCAUGCUGGCGUAUGUGUACGGCGUGGUGCCCAUCUCGCUGUGCCGCAGUGGGGGCUGUGGUGUCUCGACAGGAAAAGGAAAAGGUGUCCGCAUUGAAUUUGAUGAUGAGAACGACUUGAAUGUUGCCACUGGGACAGCAACCACCGAUUCAACGUUUGUGGCAGACACUAGAAACAACCCCAGUAUAUGCGAAGGCAGUGUCGGGGGUCUUACAGGCAGUUUAAGUGCCAGUGGCAGCCAAAUGGACAGACUUGGGGCCAUCAGGGACAACCUUAGUGAGACGGCAUCCACGAUGGCUUUGGCUGGAGCAAGCAUCACAGGAAGCCUCUCCGGCAGUGCCGUGGUCCACUAUCUUAGCAGGUUGGAGGUGCAAGCUGAUGUGCAGAAGGACCAUUGCAGUCUCAGUGGCGAGUCAGGUUCUGUCAGCCUAGGAACAAUCAGUGACAAUGCAAGUACCAAAGCAUUGGCAGGAUCCAUCCUGAAUGCCCACAUUCCUUUUGACAGAGAUGGGAACAGCAUGGAAGUCCAGGUUGACAUUGAAUCCAAACCCGACAAAUUACGCCACCACAGUGGCGGUAGCAGUGCCGAUCACGGCAGCCAUGUUGGCCGCUGUGGCUGGACCUGCCCCUCUAACGACUGCAUGUUCUCGGAGGGCCGAGGAACGUCUACCAAAUGGGUCAAAGAAACAUGCGGCCCCUCCUCUUCCAGUUCAGGAGGCAAAAAGUGCAAAGGCAAACUGCGCAAAAAAGGCGGCGGCGCUAGGAUCGAUGAGACAAGAGAAGACAUGGACACUCAGCUUUUGGAGCAACGUAGCACCAACUCGUUAGAGUUUGACUCUCCUUCUCUGAGCGGCAGCCUGCCGUCUGUUUCUGACUCUCACUCCAGCCACUUCUCAGAGUUCAGCUGCUCUGACCUGGAGAGUAUGAAAACUUCCUGUAGCCACGGCUCUGGCGGAGGCGACUACCACACACGCUUCGCCACCAUCAGCCCCUUACCUGAGGUGGAGAACGACCGCCUGGAGACAUGCCCUGCUUCUCGGACUUCCUGCAAGGGCCCUGAUGCCGCCGUCGUCCCCACUCCCCACUCGCCAACAUCCUCGCUGAGUCAUGCGGAACUUUCCAGCGUAAACUUCAUCACAGAGGAAAGUGUCAACCUGGCGUAUCACUCUCAGGGCCGCAGUACACAACUCGUCAAAGAAACCAACAACAAUUACCACCAAGCAGAACAGUCCAAGAACUUGUGCGUACAGACGGACAUUUAGAGUAACACCUGAAGUGCUGCAUCUUUUCUUUCAGUGAAAUACCAGCCGGCCUUUGACUAGGAGGAAGUCAUGUGUGUCAACAGGCUGUCAUCUAAAAAUGAGCCAUGAGACAAAUACGACUCACUUGAAAAAGUUAGGGAGAUUCAGCUUUCAGGAUGUAGCUAAAAAGCGUUUUGCACAACUUGCUGUUCUCGAAAAACACGACAUUAUUCUCCAGUCUCUUCAGCACUGGUUCACUUCACACUGGAACCUCAGCGGCCACUUCCUCAUGAGAACUUCCUGUUUGAAGCCACACCAUUUUUUGGUAUCAUUUUGGUUUCAUUACGUGAGAAUGUGAAAAGCAUUUAAAUACCGUUCAUAAUUGAACCAGGACAUUUUUUUGUUGCACUCAUGUUGUCAUUUUUGUUAUUCAGCAAGUUGUGCAGAAGUAGUAAAACGUGAAACAUUUGGACAUCCAAAAGUUUAGAAUUAAAUUUAAAAGGGAAAUGCACUUUUUUUUUUCGAGAAUUUUGCCCAUCUUUCACAAUCCCUAUAUGAGACAAGAACACAUGCCCUUCUCUUUUCUGUGCAUUCUAAAUAGUGAAAAACUGCUAGCAAAAGUUAGUUAUGGUAUCCAAUCGAUUCCGCCUAUACCUCCUUUCAUAUACACACUGUAAGUAUAUAUGUAACAGGCACAUUCAUAACAUGUACCGUAUUUUCCGCAACGAGAUACAAGCCGCACCCACUUAAAUUUUAAAAUACAUUAUUUUUCCAUAAAUUAGCCGCACUAGACCGUAAGCCACAGAUAUAUACGUUGUGAAAUGAGUUAGUUACACAAAUAUGUUGUAAAUGUUUUUUUCCAUACCUUAUUUGUUUCCAAACGGUGUUUGUAACAUGGCAGCAAAAUGGAUGAUCAAAACAAAACAGAAGUCAUCUUCAUGGACCCACUAGCUGCAGAAGCUAACUUCACUGUGGUGUUUUGGUAAAUUUACUGAUGAAUUUGUGAAACAAACAAUUCAAACAUAGUGCUAUUGUAAGUUAAUACUUCUAACACAGACACUUGUAGACAUGUUAGCAUAUUAGCUAAUGCUCACAAAGCUACCUUCAUUACAUUAAGAUAGCACAUACAAAUAUGCAUGAAAACACUAGAGAACCUCUAUUGGCAGUUUUACUUUCGGUUCAAGGCAAAACGAAGUAGAUUUUCAACGCGCAGCACUGCAGUGAGCAAAAUUGUCCAAAAGAUAGCGCCAUAGCACAAACAAUAGCACACCACUUCAGUCCUAUUCUUGGGUUUAAAGAAAACUAUUAAACACAAAACAUGGCAAUUAGGAGAAAACAAUUCCAUAAAUUAGUCGCACCAUUUUAUAAGCCGCAGGAUUCAAAGUGUAGGAAAAAAGUAGCGGCUUACAGUACAAACAAUAGCACACCACUUCAGUCCUAUUCUUGGGUUUAAAGAAAACUAUUAAACACAAAACAUGGCAAUUAGCAGAAAACAAUUCCAUAAAUUAGUCGCACCAUUUUAUAAGCCGCAGGAUUCAAAGUGUAGGAAAAAAGUAGCGGCUUACAGUCCGGAAUUCACGGUAAUAUUUACGUAUUUUGAUCAUUUUAAGCAUUACCAGGACUUAUUUCCUUUCUUUGUAUUUCCGUUAACAACAAUUACUAAUCGAUGACUACUUUGGUACAAAUGAUCCAUAACUUUAUAUUUUUGAGCCUGAAUAUACCGAAUAUGAGCUACACGUUUAAGAAGCUGAGUGAUAAGCAGAGACAGCUUCAGUGAAGCCUUAAGCAUUAUGUAGCAGUUUUGCUGGGAGGACAAGAAGUACACAAUACAAAGAAGGAUAAAAACAUGACCUACAGUGUUUGCUCUGACUGAGAUGCCAACUGUCAGGAUGGUUGUAUCUUUCAGCACAAUACUUAACAUGAUUAAUUCACCACAAUACUCACUCCUGCUAGGAUUAUACAAGCUUCUUGUCACAUCUUCCUAGCAAUGAUUUCUGGUCUAAGUUGAAUUUCAAGGUGACCAACUUCUUGGCUUAUGGCCACAACCUCGGUCUAUAAAAGUGAUAGGCUUGAUUUAUUAUCUAGCACACACUUUUACCAACUCGGGCGAUUCAGCACCUAAAAGUAGUUCCUUGUUGUUGGCUCUUACAAUAAGUGUUGCUACAACUUGGUUAAUGUGCAGGUCACGACAUGAAAAUGGAGUAUUGUUGGAGGUUUUUUAGAGGACCUCAAGGCACAAUGGAUAAAUCCCCAUUACAUGCCUUGUUUGCUGCCUCUUGCUAGCAGUUUUUUUUUUAUUCAGCACGAACCGAAAAGAGAAAUAUGUGUGUUCUUGUCUCACAUAAUUAUGAAUAAUGGACAAAAUAACAUAAAAAAGUGUUUCCUCUUGAGUUUACUGUAAAGGUUAUAUUGCAUCCUAUCCUUGUCCUGAAAUGUCACCUGGAUAUCCCAAACUCUUUUGAGUGGUGUGUGUGUCAGGACUCGGGAGUCCUGCAAACUGCUGAGUCAUCAUAGAUGGACGAGGUAGACCUGUGGAGAACCACUGUGCCAGUUUUUAAUCACUGUCUUUGGCUGGAAGAAUUGUAUCCAGAUCGCCCUCGAAGGGUUUUGAGCUUCUUGGUGUGUCUUAAGUUUAGGGGUGUGGCCGGGAAUGAUUACAAAAUGUAAAAAAGAAAUGCUAAACAAGACGACGUAUUUGGGCUUACCGAGUAUGAUAAACAUGUGCUUUGAUAUCUUUUUGGUGCCUUCAUGAAGCAGUUUGUGUUGUGUGCGUGAACAAGCUCACACCACGGGGAGUGUGGAGUUCCUCUAAUCAGCAGCAUACUUGAGACAAAGUGAACUUUGGUGAAUGAAGACUUUUCAAUUGCCUACCAAAGACAGCACUCUGGCUCUUGUUAAAUCUAACACCUUUGACCUUUGUCUGGAGCAGACACACUGUGGUGCAUUCUUUUUUCAGUACUACUGUACCCAAGAAAUGAUGCUGAGUCAUGAACAUAGUAAGAGAGGACACAUAGCGGCCAAAGGCACAUGCACUGUUAGCUGCAUUUCUUCUAACCUUGAUUUUCCUUGGAGUCUUUGUGUCCCGAGUUGGUGCUGCGAAGCUGACUUGGGCUCAGUUUGUAUUUUCUACAUCUGUUUUGUUUCAGCCUGCUUUUUACCGCUCAAAGGCUGCAUCUUGGCCUCUGGCAUGGCUCAGGUCAACCUCUAUCAGGUGGAUGAAAACACUUGGAUUUGUAUUUUGACUCCCGCCAAAUUUAACAUUUUGUUGGCUGUAACUAGCCUCUCUUUCUGUUUCUUCAUCUGCAAAACACACUAGUGCCAGAUACAAUUCAUUGUAGGGGUCAUACGGUAUUUUGGGGGGGGAUUUACAUUAUUUUCUGCAUGGAAAUGCAUAUCAAAAUAAAAAAAAUUAAAAAUAAAAUUUUUGGUUGUGUUUUUUCGUAGCACUUUGAAU